CCUCCCAACACACACACACACACACACACACACACUCACACACACUCUCACACACACCGGGAGGAUGCUGCCUCGGUGUUUCAGACAACAGACGCGGAGCUGAGGAGAAGCCGCUCGGACUAACGGAUUCACCGACACCAGGACCCACCGGGCACCGAGCGACCGAGGCCGGGCCGAACCUCUCCGCCUGGCCGGGCAGAACCUCCUCCCCGUCGGUGUGACUGCAGGAGAGCCCCGGAGCGGCGGACCGGAGCGAGGAGGAGGAUGAAGAAGAGCAACCCGAGCAGACGGGGCGCUCAGGAGUCGGUCCAUCAGCCCGUCCAGCAGCCGGAGAAGGCGGGCUGGAUCAGGAAGUUCUGCGGCCGUGGGAUCUUCAGGGAGCUGUGGAGGAGCCGCUACGUGAUCCUGAGAGGAGAUCACCUGUACAUCUCGGACAAAGAGGUGAAAGACGAGAGGAAGGCUCAGGAAGUUUUCGACCUCGCUGAUUACGAGCGAUCAGAAGAGCUGAGGAAAGCAAAGAGUCGCAGCAAGAAGAACCACAGCCGCUUCACGCUGCUGCGCUGCAGACAACCAGGAAACACU